AUGUCGUUUUUGGGGAUUAAGAUGUUUCACACCAGUGUUCGUCAACUCCAAGCCCAGAGCCUUGGUAUCAAGCUAUCGAGUCCUUUAGCGCUGGGUGCAACCUUCCUACCUUCAAAAUACAGAAUGGCGUAUACUCCACUCUAUGAAUCUCCCUUGAGCAAGCCUAUUGCCACAUUGAAAAGGGUAAGUCUUGCAUUUGGACUUGUUGGGCUGUACCUGUCCAAUAUGAUGUAUACGUCGCCGGCCUUGAGCUCAGAUUUGAGUUAUGUCUUAGCAACGUGCUCCGUGCUACCGCUACCUUUGAUUGAAUAUUUCACGAGGGAUUAUGUAUCAAGGAUCUUUAGGGUAUACAACACGGAGAAGGACCAAUCCCUUGAGAAUCUCACGACAGACGAAAUCCUAGUGGCUGAGAAGAUAUCCCUUACCGGAAGGUCAUUCUACAACACAAUCUUGAAGCCAGCAGAGCUUCAAUUGACCGAUGGGAGAUUCGGGUGGGUUAACUGGAAGACCAAAAACGGAUUUUUCUAUGUAAAUGAAGACAUUGGUGGUAUCAACAUGGAUAGACUAUGGGGAAUGGCAGAGCACAACUCUGGAAUAGAUAAUGGUCGCUAUUUUGGUAAAUGA